AUAAGACGCCUUAACACCUAGAAUGGCCAUAUCAGGCGUCAUGAUGACACGAGAUGUGUGUGGGCAUGAUGAUACAACAACAACGCCUGGUAGUGUGUCGAAGUCUUGAUGAUGAUGUUCGUUCAGUUCAUUCCUGUAGGAUACUUAGCUGGCACCUUUUGGGCUUGAAAUAGCGAAGCUGAUCUGUUUGUUACAUCCCUACAGCCAGAGAGACUGCUGCAGGAAAUGUCUGACACCGGCAUGCCUGGUCAGUCUUCCCCAAUCCAUCCUGCAGACAGCACAGUUCUCGAUGAGGCUGAGGAUGUGUAUUAUUUUGAAUCUGAUCACCUGGCUUUGAAGGGAAACCAGGACUACAGCCAGCUGCUGAAAACCAUUGUCAUGCUGGAGUCGCAGAGAAUGUCGGCCAUCAAGGACUUGGACAAAUUACACGAGAUGCAGAACACAGCCUUGAGUGAACCAAUAGGCUUUGUAGAGCAAUUGCAGAGAGGCCAGCAGAUGAAUUUCCCCAGACCUCAGCUAGUGGCGGAGCUACCCGACAUUAGGUGGGAGAAAUACACGUCCAGUACUAACCUGGUCAAUUCUACGAUUCACAAACACAUGACACGACAGAAGAAGACAACGACAUCAGAUGGAAGCAGUUGUGGAGACAGCGGUUACGGCUCCUUCCAGUCAUUCUCAUUAGCUGAUCAGUUAACCAACAGCGACCCUCGAUCUGGUCUCACAGUGGUGCGAGGGAGGGUCAAAGAUGACAAGCGGUCAUCCACGUUCAACCAGCUGUGGUCUGUGGAGGAACAAAAAAGGCUAGAGAGCUUGUUAAUCCAGUACCCACCGGAGGAAGUUGAGGCCAAGCGCUGGCAGAAAAUAGCUACAGCCCUGGGUAACAGAACAUUACAGCAGGUGGCAAGCCGUGUACAGAAGUACUUCAUUAAGCUGGCCAAAGCAGGGUUACCUAUCCCUGGGAAGGUGCCUCACCUGUCCGCGUAUAACAGAAAGGCAUCCCAUCGGCACCAUCGCUUCCAGAAGUUCUACUACCAGCCGUCGACCUUCAUGAGUUCCCAUGAGCCUCCAGUGUACAUGUCUGACGAUGAUUCAUCCCUCAGCUAUGGAGAAAACAGCGUAGACACCGACUUCAUCUCACAGGCAGGGGACAUGGACGUCUCAGAUGAGGAGUUGGUCCCAGAGUCCCUGAGGGACACAGACGAGUAUCAGGAGCUGAUAAGGCUCAAGCAAAUAAGGCAGCAGAAACUGAAGACGUCAGGGAUGUGUAACACAAAGCACACAGGCUUCAAGUGUGACAAGUGUGGUUGUGACCCGAUUGUGGGCAUUCGCUGGCAUUGUUUAGACUGUCCCUCGGAAAGCUCUGUGGAUUUUUGCGAGGACUGUGUGGAUAGUACUUUUGAUGUUGGUAUGCACAACUCCAGUCAUCGUUUGGAGGCUUUAAAAGAAGCUGGUCAACAAAAUCAUAUUGAUCAAGAUUACACGCGAUUUGCUCAGGGGCACUACAACUACCUGGAUCCCAACUAUAUGCCAGCUACAUGAAGAUACAGUAUGUAGGCCAUUAGGGACUGUGACAUAGGACAUGUCAUCUCUGUGUGACUGUACAACUGUCAGGAUCCCAACUAUAUGCCAGCUAGAUGAAGAUACAGUAUGUAGGCCAUUAGGGACUGUGACAUAGGACAUGUCAUCUCUGUGUGACUGUACAACUGUCUGGAUCCCAACUAUAUGCCAGCUAGAUGAAGAUGCAGUAUGUAGGCCAUUAGGGACUGUGACAUAGGACAUGUCAUCUCUGUGUGACUGUACAACUGUCUGGAUACCAAAUACAUACCAGUUACAUGAAGAUACAGUAUGUAGGCCAUUAGGGACUGUGACAUAGGACAUGUCAUCUCUGUGUGACUGUACAACUACCUGGAUCCCAACUUUAUACCAGCUAGAUGAAGAUACAGUAUGUAGGCCAUUAGGGACUGUGACAUAGGACAUGUCUUCUCUGUGUGACUGUACAACUACCUGGAUCCCAACUAUAUGCCAGCUAGAUGAAGAUACAGUAUGUAGGCCAUUAGGGACUGUGACAUAGGGCAUGUCAUCUCUGUGUGACUGUACAACUACCUGGAUCCCAACUAUAUGCCAACUAGAUGAAGAUGCAGUAUGUAGGCCAUUAGGGACUGUGACAUAGGACAUGUCAUCUCUGUGUGACUGUACAACUGUCUGGAUCCCAACUAUAUGCCAGCUAGAUGAAGAUGCAGUAUGUAGGCCAUUAGGGACUGUGACAUAGGACAUGUCAUCUCUGUGUGACUGUACAACUACCUGGAUCCCAACUAUAUGCCAGUUACAUAAAGAUACAGUACAUAGACCAUUUGGGACUGUGACACAGGACAUGUCAUCUCUGUGUGACUGUACAACUACCUGGAUCCCAACUAUAUGCCAGUUACAUGAAGAUACAGUACAUAGGCCAUUAGAGGCUGUCACAUAGGACAUGUCAUCUCUGUGUAAGUGUAGAACUGUCUGGAUACCAACUAUAUGCCAGCUACAUGAAGAUACAGUACAUGGGCCAUUAGAGGCUGUCACAUAGGACAUGUCAUCUCUGUGUGACUGUACAACUGUCUGGAUCCCAACUAUAUGCCAGCUACAUGAAGAUACAGUAUGUAGGCCAUUAGGGACUGUGACACAGGACAUGUCAUCUCUGUGUGGCUCUACAACUGUCUGGAUACCAAAUACAUACCAGUUACAUGAAGAUGCAGUGGGUAGGCCAUUAGAGACUGUGACAUAGGACAUGUCAUCUCUGUGUGACUAUAGAACUGUCUGGAUACCAACUAUAUGCCAGUUACAUGAAGAUACAGUGGGUAGGCCAUGAGAGACUGUGACAUAGGACAUGUCAUCUCUGUGUGACUAUAGAGCUGUCUGGAUACCAGCUAUAUGCCAGUUACAUGAAGAUACAAUGGGUAGGCCAUUAGAGACUGUGACAUAGGACAUGUCAUCUGUGUGUGACUGUGCAACUGUCUGGAUACCAACUAUAUGCCAGUUACAUGAAGAUACAGUACAUGG